AUGAAGUUAGUUCGUUUUCUGAUGAAACUUAUCCACGAGACUGUGACGAUCGAGCUCAAAAAUGGGACACUAGUCCACGGUGGAAUAAUUGGUGUUGAUGUGGCAAUGAAUAUGCAUCUUCGUUCUGUAAAGAUGACACCGAAAAAUAAGGAUCCUAUUAGUCUGGAUUCGUUGUCUAUCCGUGGAAACAAUAUUCGCUAUAUCAUUCUACCGGAUUCUCUUCCCCUCGAUACAAUGCUUAUCGAUGAUGAGCCCCGUAAGAAAGCAGCCAGAGCCCGUGCAGGUACUCGUGGUAGAGGACGCGGUGGUCCACGUGGCAGAGGUAGAGGUGGGCCACGUGGACGUGGAGGACCUCGUGGACGAGGUCGCUAA